UAGGGAAGGAGAAAGAGACACCCACAUUGAGAGAGACCGAAACAACCAGUGAGUGUGUUUAUCUCCCAGCUGACAUUUGCUGUGCUUUGGAAGUAAAGUUGUCCGAGAAGGAUGGCUCUCCUGCUGCUGUUUGUGAUUGUGCUGCACUUGGUCACGUUGGCCAUGCUCUUCAUAGCCACCAUGGAGAAGUCGUGGUGGGCAUGGGGAGACAUUGAGACGUCAGACCUCUGGCACAAAUGCAUGUUUGACAACACUACAGAGACCUGGCUGUGUUCUUCUAGUAAUAGUGAGAGUGACUGGCUGCAGGCGGUGCAGGCCCUCAUGAUCCUUGGUGUGGUCUUCUCCUCCAUUUCCUUCCUCAUCUUCCUGGGUCAGCUCUUCACCAUGUCCAAAGGAGGCCUCUUCUAUCUCACUGGCCUGAGCCAAAUAGGGGCAGGCAUGUCGGUGUUUGCCGCCGCUCUGAUCUUCACGUUCCAGCACAAGGACAUCCUCCAGGACAACCGUGAGCCUACGCUGGGCCACUUUGGCUACUGCUUCAUCAUGGCCUGGGCCUGCGUGCCCCUGCUGAUGCUGAGCGGCGUACUGUACGUCCACCUCAGGAAGCGAGCCUGACCAGCAACAACAGUAGCUACCACCUACAUGUACAGUAACAAACUGGUGCGUGGGGGGGCCAGGGGCAGACAAACUAGGAUUGAGGCCUUGGUUAAACAUACUGUAUGCUGAUGUUUUUUUUUUUUAAAUCCGUUUACAUAUAAACACAUGUGGAUUAAAAAAAAAACAUUGUGACAGUUGCAUUUUAGAAAUCUCCCCCUAAAACAAUACUCAUAUACAGUAGGUGUAAACAGGGUUUGAGAAAGUAAAAGUCCUGCCAAAUAUUCCUUCUAUCUGUGCUCCUAACACAAGUGGGGUCUAUACUACAAAGCUGGUUCAGGAUAAGUUAAGGUUAAGUUAAGAGGUAAAUCAUCUAAUACAAUAGCUUUUCUUAAGAAGGUGAGGACUCCAGGCCCUUCUAUUAGAUGAUUUAUCUCUUAACUUAACCUUAACUUAUCCUGAACCAGCUUUGUAGUAUAGGCCGUUUAACUAAUUAUCUCAUCACCUUGGCUUAUGGGGUUAGUAAUUAGGAUCAGAUGGUUAAUUAAGUUUUUCUGGAGCUGAUAUGUGGCAUGGUUUUUACUCUCUGAACCUGGGAUGUCUGCCCUUGGUAGGGGGAUAUGUUGGGAUGGAUAGUCUGAAGUUAGCUGCCUAUGCAAUACAUUUUGUUGUGUUAAUUCAACAUGUAGAGAGUUGGAUUCAACAUGCAUACUGCAGUGUUGAUUCUACACACUAGGUGGCGAAUUAACUCUGCAACAUGUGACAUGUGAACUGUAGGGCAUGAUGUCAUGGUGCAGUAAGUACGUUUUAUCGUUAUCUUUUUGUCUGUCUUUAUAUUAAGCUCACAAUCUGGGUGAUUUUCCAGCGAAAGGCAGUGUUUCCCUUUCAUAUCUUUUCAAAGGCAUAAAUGACCAUUUUCUCUUAUUGCAUGGAGACAUUAGAUAACUAUGGCCAACCAAAGGUUAAGUUAUAAUAUUCUCUUUGUUGGGCUUUAACCAUGGAUGUUGUCAUUGUCUGAUGGCAGCAGGCUGCUAACCACAUGUAGCCACUUGUAGUCACAAGUCUGGUCUCUGUUUAAUUUAUUGCAUCGUCGUUGCAUGGCUUUAUAUUAUUAUUUAGAAGCAUCAUCAUCCAUAAUUGACUUUAAUUAAAGGGGUAUGCCACUAUUUUGGGGCUUAAUACAGUUAAAAUCGUUGGCCGGGGUUUAUAAAUGUGAUAAAGUGUCUUAUUUUUCAUGUUAAGCGUUGUCUUGCUUUAAGACAAGUUAAAAGAGGGAGUAUGUAGCUAAGCUAGUGAAAGUCAAUGGAUCCGUGUAGCAUGUAGCACUUUACCACCUUUAUAAACCCUGGCCAACGAUUUUAACUGUAUUAAGCACCAAAAUAGUGGCAUACCCCUUUAAGACCUAUUUCAUACACAGUCAACAGUUCUGCUGUCUGUACCUUUACCAAAAUCAUAUUGUUAUUAUAGCCAGAAAAGCAUCAAAACUUACUUACUGCACCUUCUGCUAGCUGUGAGCACACAGACUGAGUUCUCCAAGUAUUUCCAAAUGUGCCAAUAGAAAAGUGUAGGAAGACUUUUUUUAUUAUGCUUAAUGUGAUGCAGAGAAUACAAAAGAGAAGUUUGUUUACUGUCCCCCUUCCUCUCUUUUGCAUGCGAAGGGAAACAUUUUAUUACUUUUAUUACGACUACUAAUAGAAGCACUUAGAUCAAUAUAUAUUUUCUAUUUUCUAAUAAACACAAAGUA